AUGCUAGGCUUGGGACGUCCUCGAUUGAAAGCGCGGGCAUCGUUGUUGGACCUGGUAACCGCAAAGCAUACGUUGACACACCCAACACAGCCAUCACCGCCACCACCGCCCGAGCUGCCACCGCUUCCAGACUCGCCCUCCUCAACUACCUUCACCCCCUCCGUGUCUUCCCAUUCCACACAGGCUUCUUCCAUUAUGACUUCGGACAAAUCUGAGAACCAUGGCUCGAUCUUUUCGGUGUCCGGCCCUGUCGUCGUGGCCGAGCAUAUGAUCGGUUGUGCUAUGUACGAAUUGUGUCGUGUCGGUCAUGACGCACUUGUCGGCGAGGUUAUUCGGAUUGACCAGGACAAGGCGACGAUUCAGGUCUACGAGGAAACAGCUGGUUUGACUGUCGGAGACCCGGUGACAAGGACAGGAAAGCCUCUUUCAGUCGAGCUAGGCCCCGGUCUAAUGGAGACAAUCUACGACGUAUCUAUAUCCCCCCGUGGUAUUUCGGUGAAUGCUUUGGACCGCGAGCGCAAGUGGGAAUACAAGCCUACUAGCUUCAAGGUCGGCGACCACAUCACUGGUGGUGACAUCUGGGGUACCGUGUUCGAGAACAGUCUGGUGAACGACCACAAGAUCCUGCUGCCUCCUCGUGCACGGGGUACCAUUACUCGGAUUGCUCCUGCUGGCAGCUAUACCGUCGAAGAGAAGCUGCUCGAGGUGGAGUUCGAUGGUAAGAAGACGGAGUACGGUAUGAUGCAGACCUGGCCUGUCCGUGUUCCCCGCCCGGUUACCGACAGGCUGUCCGCCGAUGCGCCCUUCAUUGUCGGCCAGAGAGUGUUGGAUGCUCUCUUCCCCAGUGUGCAGGGUGGUACCGUCUGCAUUCCUGGUGCCUUCGGAUGUGGAAAGACUGUCAUUUCCCAGAGUGUGUCCAAGUUCUCGAACAGUGAUAUUAUCGUCUACGUUGGCUGCGGUGAGCGUGGUAACGAGAUGGCCGAAGUUUUGAUGGAUUUCCCCGAACUCUCUAUUAAUGUCGAAGGCCGCAAGGAGCCUAUCAUGAAGCGUACCUGCCUGAUCGCCAACACCUCCAACAUGCCUGUCGCCGCCCGUGAGGCCUCUAUUUAUACGGGUAUCACUAUCGCCGAAUACUUCCGUGACCAAGGCAAGAACGUGGCUAUGAUGGCGGACUCGAGUUCCCGUUGGGCUGAGGCUCUGCGUGAAAUCUCGGGUCGUCUGGGUGAGAUGCCUGCUGACCAGGGUUUCCCCGCGUACCUGGGAGCCAAGCUGGCCUCUUUCUACGAGCGUGCUGGUAAGAGCAGUGCUCUGGGCAGCCCCGAGCGUGUGGGCAGUGUCAGCAUCGUCGGUGCCGUCAGCCCGCCCGGUGGUGAUUUCUCUGAUCCCGUUACCAGCAGUACCCUGGGUAUUGUCCAGGUAUUCUGGGGUCUUGACAAGAAGCUGGCGCAGCGCAAGCACUUCCCUUCGGUCAACACCUCUAUCUCCUACAGCAAGUACAACGCAAUUUUGGACAAGUACUACGAGAAGGAGCACCCUGAGUUCCCUCGCCUGCGCGACCAGAUUCGUGAGCUUUUGUCCAAGUCCGAGGAACUGGACCAGGUCGUCCAGCUGGUCGGUAAGGCGGCGCUGGGUGAUUCGGAUAAGAUCACGCUGGACGUGGCUAGCUUGCUCAAGGAUGACUUCCUCCAGCAGAACGGAUACAGUGACUAUGAUCAGUUCUGCCCCUUGUGGAAGACCGAGUACAUGAUGAAGGCGUUUAUGGGCUACCACAACGAGGCCCAAAAGGCCAUUGCUCAGGGUCAGAACUGGAACAAGGUCCGUGAGGCUACUGCUGAUCUCCAGAAUGCUCUGCGCAGCAUGAAGUUCGAGGUUCCGGAGGACGAGGCAGAGAUUUCGGCCAAGUACGAGAAGAUCCUCCAGUCUAUGACUGAGCGAUUUGCCUCGGUCUCGGACGAGUGA